AUAUGUAUAAAUUAAUCGAUUGAACGAACAAGUUUAUUGUUACAUUCUAAUUAAUUAAUAUAAAUGUUUAUAAGUAUAUUUUUAAUUUCUAUAUGUAAUCAUUAAGUAUUUAUUUUUCUACUUAUUUUAUUAAUGUUUUUAUAAAAAUCUAGUUGUGAUGGACUGUGCUAAAAAAGUGUGUCACAUACAGAUGAAAAAUAAAGAACAAUUUUCUCCUGUUAAUAAACUUUCACAUGCAAAAUCAACACAAGGAAGAAAUUUAACAGGUUCUGCUCGGCAUAUACGAGAUUUAAUUGCAGAUAUUCAUAAAAAUAUACAAAUAUGGAAUACACUUCAUUUAGAAGGAAUAAUAUUACUCAAGAAUAUAAUUCAAAUAAAACAGGAUGACUCUUAUUCUGAAAUUUUGCAAGAACAAUGUGAUAAAUUAGAAAAUAUUUGUGAUUCAUUGAAUACUAUUGUAGAAAAUCUUGCUCAAAUCACAAAACAUAUAAAAAUAACGGCAUCUUUAGAAACUAAUAUAAACAAGUUAUUUAUAACAUGGCCUAAUUUAAAAUUUGGAGAAAUUGCACAAUCAAUAUAUGAUGCAUAUUCUCGUGAAUUAAAAGUAAAGCUUAAAGUUUUAGAAAAUAUAGCACAUUAUUAUACAGAUUCAUGGAAAAUGUUGUUUCUUGCUAGUUGGGUACAUCAACCAUUAUUACCAUAUAAUUUGACAACAUUCUUGGAAUCAAUGUUAAUAGAGAGUGGACAUAGGUAAUAAAUUAUUAUUGACAUAAAUUUUGGUAAGUGUUCUAUUUCAAAAACAAUUCAGUGUUUACAAUGAUUACUUUUUUGUAUUAUAUCAUAAGUUAUAACUAUGAAAUAAAACAAAGAUUAAC